AUGAAGAAUACUCUUGUCACCUUGCUGGCUGCUGUCCUAUGUGUGGAGCAAGCUUACCCACUUAUGUGCUACGUGUGCCAAGAACAGGAGUCCAACAAGAACUGUUUGACCAUUUCCAUGUGCACAAAGGAAGACAAAUACUGCGUGACUGUUCGUAACAACAGUGGAACAGAGCCCAACAAGCCUAAAUAUGUCAUCUCCAAGAUGUGUUCUCCAACGUGUCCAAAAACAAGUCAGCAACAAACCCAAACCUAUGAGAGGGUUUCUUGCUGUGAGAAACCAUUAUGCAAUGUGAAUGGAGUCACUGGAAAGCAAAGCAACUAUGGAGUGAUGUCCCUGGGUGUCCUAGCCAGUGUCACUUACAUCUUUGCAUGGAGGUCUGAGAUAG